AUGUCCAUUGUCAACUCGACUGAUAUUUUCAAAGACAAUAUUUUUAAAGGCAAAGUCCUUCUCUGUUCUGGAGGCGGUAGUGGUAUCUGUCGAGGCAUGACUGAAGCCGUUGUACGCCAUGGUGCCAAGGCAGUUAUUAUCAGCCGAAAGCAAGUUUUCGAAAAGCUUCAAAAAGCUGCUCAAGAAAUGAGUCAGACCACUGGUGGUGAAGUUUUGUAA